AUGGCUGAUCAGAACCACUACUAUCAACACUCCCAGCAAAGGUCAUGGCCAGGUCAACACACCUACCGGCCUGCACCACAGGCACCAUACAAUCCCAACUGGCAACAAGUCGUGAAUGACCAACUCGCCCACAAUCAAGCCCUACCAGAACCAGACAGGGAUAGCGCCUACUGGAGCCGCAGCUCGGGUCCUGAUUGGAAAGACCGUCUCGAGGUGGAGGCUGCGAAGACCGAGAUUCAUGACCUAAAGGCAAGCAUCGUAACACUCGAGCAGCAGCUCAAGAACGUGCAAGAACUUCGCGAUGAAGAUGCGAAAGACAAUGCCAGAGAGAUCGAUCGUCUCGGCAUAUCGCUUGGCACCGAGCUUAUGCGCAACGGGUCAUGGGCUCCCGCACUGAGGGAACUCAACACUGUGAUGGGAACACGUCGGGGUACAUUGCAGGCUAAGAUGGACGAAAACCCUCCAAAUACACCUGCGAUCAAAGAUGCACAAACAAAGGUUCACGAAAUCGAGCUCGCUACCGCUAAAGCAUUGUCAAAUCUUGACCGAGACAGAGAGGCGAUCGCACUACUCCAGACCAUCGAGGCGGAAGGCCAUAAGGAGGACCCAUCAUCUACGCAGCCGAUGACGCGAGACGCUCAGAGUCAGCUCUGUAUGCUGCUGGAGAGAUCGCCGAACAGCAAACAUCACGAUGAAGCGCUUGCAAUACUCAACUGGGCACUUUGCAAUGCCGAAGACAACCCGGACGCCGUCAGACUCCCAUGGAUUGCGGGGAAUAUGUCCAAACGAGCCCGGCUUCUUCUCAAGAAGCAGAAAUACGCGGAUGCCAUUCUCGAUGCCCACAAAGCCUGGCAGUUGAAGCUCAAACGAGAGGCUACUACGGACAUUCGGAAAGUCAUCCAACAUGAUAGAGAUGCCAUCGUCACUGAACUUCAACAGUUGGGGCAGCACAAAUUCGCCUUCCGACUGGUUGCAAAGACGACUGCUGCUGAUUUCAUGGUCUCUCGUGCUGGCAUAAGCUCACUUGCGAAACUAGGCCGCAGCGAGCUCUUUGAUACAUACGACAAAUGUCUGACUCUCAACGCAAGCCAGCGACGGGAUCUUGGGUGGGAAGUCGCUCGCGAUCUCAGAGAUAUGGGAGAAUACAGUUCUGCAGCGGAUAUCCUGGGCAGACUCCCGACUGCUGCGAAACCGUCCCAGGAUCAUGUUGAUGACUUGAGAAGUCAGCUUCUGAUGAAGCUCUCUGGUUAUGACGACCACAAGAAAGCUGCUGAGUUGGCCGCACCCUUAGUUGAGCAGUGCGGUUUCGCUACGCUGCCCGGCAAGGACGAGGUCUGGCACGUGUGGACGUUACUGUCGGCUAUUGAGAGAAUGUCGAAGGCGGCGCAGGACCGACCAAACUCAGCCGAAGUCUUUCGCACUCUUGCACAAAGCUACUGGCAACCAUUGUAUCAAAAAGCAAAAGAGGAACAUCUGCAGGUGCCGGCGCCAGCAGGCAUGCGCAAGAAGACGCUAGAGGAUAUGGCGGAUAUUGGGUCUAAUCUAAGAUUGAGAUGGACAAAGUUCGGUCAGCCAAAACCUGCGAGUAGUACAUCUGGGAAUGCGGAGAGGGCUGCCCUGUCUAGCCUCCGUCAUGCCGUGGCAGAGGUCGAAGGCUGGGCUGGCAAGACCAGAAAGAAGGAGAAGUGA